CCUUUUUCCAAAGCGACAUCAAAGACUAGAUCUACAUAACAUAACAUUGUAAAUCAACUUUACUGAGGUAUUAUACAGAGCAGAGGAUCUAUCUUCUUUUGUGGAGCGUAAAUUGAAAAGAAACCUACCAUCAUGCCCCGAGGAGCUCCUAGAUCUGCGAGCCGUCGCUCGGACAUCAGCGAUGUCGAUGCUGAUCAACAAUUGGCUGAAUCUGAGCUGAGUAAGCUCCAGCGCCAGUACCGUAUCAUGGAAGGUGAUCGGAACGCUUACAACAUUGAAUCUCAGGAUCUCAUCAGACGCCAACUAAAUGAGAUCAAAACUUUGGAGGCUGAGAAGGAAGAAUUGAACAAAGAUUUCAAACUCUCAGACAGUCAGACCAACCAGUCCCGAGACGGUGGCAACGUGGAUAAGCUCAACAGCCUCAUCGAUGAGAGAGAUAACUACAUGCAAAUGGUGAAGGAUGAGAAGGCCAAGCAGGCCGAGCUGGACACCAUGAUCCGCAAGAAGGAGAAGGGGAUUCGUGACCAGCACAAGUGCAUGGGAGGAGUACACGCCAGUCAACAGCAUACGCAGAAGACGGUCAAAGCCAUCAGGGUGAAAGAGAACAGAUUACACCAGGCUAAUGAGAAGUUUAACGCCAUGCUGACAGAGAAUGCAAGCCUUCGUGAGGAGAUUGACAGCUUCAGAGUGGAGCGUACCCGUUAUGAAAACAUCCGCAAGAAACUGGACAAGGAAAAGUCUGACUUGAGGCAGGAGAUCGGAGAGGUGAUCGACCAGUCCACCCAGGCCUACGACUCUCGGGACGAAGCCCAGGCCAAGAUGAUCCUUCUCAAGGAGAAGGCCGAUAAGGACAUGGCCCAGCACCAGCAGGAGAUGAAGGAACUCCAGAGGAUCAUCGAUCACGACAAGAAGCUCAGGGAGUUCAUGAAUGUCAAGGGCAAGGAAAGGGAAGAGGACGACUACCUCAAGGCCUGGAGACAGAAGAAAGAAAUGGAAGCAGCUGACAAGCGUCGUCGCGAGCGCCAGGAGGAUUCCAUCGAGGCCUAUGAGGCUGCCUUUGAGCGCAUCUCAGAGAUCACCAAGGAGGAGGACCUCACUCUCCUGGUCAACAAGUUCAUCGAGACAGAGGACAGGAACUUUGCCCUCUUCAACUUCGUCAACGAGAAGAACAACGAGAUGGAACUGCUCUCUGACCAGAUUGAAGAGAUCAAGGAGGAGAUGCGCGAGUUUGAGCACCAAGGUUCGGAAAUGGAGGCUGAGCGCAAGGCCAUCUUGAAGGAUCUUGAGGAGAAGCAGGUCACAUCCACCAAGAAUGCUGAUGAAAACGAUUCCAAGAUCAAGAGCGUCAACAAGAUCUUAGACCAGCUCAAAGGAGGUGUGAACUCCCUCUUCGCCAAGACCAACUGUGACAGUUCGAUGAUCACGAGCAUGCUGGGCAGCGCAGCGGGCGUGACCGAUGAUACCAUAAUGCAGUAUCUAGGACUGGUUGAGCAGAGAACCAAUGAGCUUCUCACCGUGAGCAUCUACCAUGAUGGAAAGAAUGCAGAGCAGGUUGAGUCCAAAGUACCCGGUCUGCUCGGCAAGGGACCCAUUGCAGCCCCCGCUCAGCUCAACAUUCUCCCACCCUCGACAGGGGACGAGUAUGACAGCGAUCAGGGCUCCGAGAUGAGUGACGACGAUAACAGACCGCUCACGCAGAAUGAACUCAAACAGAAGAUCAUGAAAGGGGUUUUGAAGCGAGAAGAAGCCGCCAAGAAGAAGGGCUUCCAGUACGAUCUUUCAGGAGCCAAAGAAUUGAAACAGAAGCAGGCCAUGCCAGACAAGAAGAGAGGAGCCAAGCAUUAAAAUGAAAAGUAAUAAGAGGUAAUAAUUAUACCAGUUACCUGUACUUGGCCUUAUGAGAGGAAACCACUUUAAAAUAAACCCUCUCAUGAAAGUAUAUAAUAUACCCCAGAUUGUGAAAUGAUGAAAUAUAAAACAAAUAUCGUCAGGUAAUUACUUUGGCCCCUAUAUGGGUGAACUCUAUAAUGUAAUGAGCUCUCUAAUGAUAUCAAUGAUAAUAAUGAUGAUAAUAAUGAUAUAGCGCUGGUAUCUGCCAACUUGGACGCUCAUGGCGUAAGUGCUCGAAUAAUUACAUUAUUUUUAUAUUGGUAAUACAUAUUAGAGUAUACUUGCUAUUCUCUAAAAGCUUGGCAUCACUCAUUUCUUUAUUCAUUUAAAAGACCCAA